AUGACGUCUUGGCUGAGCGGCGGUCUCUCCCAGUUCUCCUCGAUCACGGAUCAGAUAUCCACAUUCACCAAAGAUGUUCUUUCGGAGACCACCGAGGAGAUUGAAGAUCCUACUGCAGAGCUGCAAGUGGCUCGCAGGAAGAUACAACAGCUGGAGGAGGUCAACGGUCACUACAAGACCGAGUGGGAGAAGCUGCAGAGACACAGCGAGGAGGCGGAGCUGCGUCGACUGAGGACGGAGACGGUGAGUCUGAAGGAGCAACAGAGGAAGAUUGUGUCUAGCGGCGGUAGACUAGAGGCGUCGUCGACCUCUCCUCUCAGCAAGCUGGGUGGAGAGAGGGCCUUCUUCUCUGGGUCGCGUGGAGGGCGGGGAGAGUGGGAGGUGGCACAGUUGGAGCCUGUGGCGGCGGGGGGAGGGUGGGAGGGUGAGGAGGUGGGGAGGGGGGAGGGAGAAGGGGGAGGAUGGGGCGAGUAUCACGAUUUCGGCGACGUCAUCAGUUCCCAGGGGGAGAUCAAUCGACUCCAAAUGGAGCUCACCCGACUGAGUGCAGAGAGCAAGCACUGGAGAGCUUUGGCAGAGGAGAAGAGAGAGCGAAGUCAGCACCAGCACCAGCUGUCAGCUCUAGAGGCAGCGCACAACGAGAAGCUCUGCAGCCUUUCGUCCCACACACACGCUACUGACUCAACCAGAGAAACUUCCGGAAAAGACGGAGAAGAGGGAGAGGAAGAGGCUAGUGUAAAAGUCCAACUGAGAGAAGCUAUGGGUGAUGGAGGGGAAAGUGGUGGUGGGAGAAGAGAGGAAUCUGCUGAUGAAACGAUUCGCGGGAGUCUCCUCUCUGCAUUGGAGGAGGUUAGUCUGGAUGAGAUGGAUGGAGGAGGAGAGAAGGGGAGGAGGAGGGUAAAUGACCAGUCGACAGUGGUCGCUGCGCUUCAGUCACAGCUCGUGGAGUCUCGGGAAAUGUGUGCGAAAUUGGAAUCGGAACUGGUGAAGAUGACGGUGGAAGUGAACCGACUUCGUGAGGAGUGCGGGGAGGGUGUGGAGAGGGAGAGGGUUGCUGUAGAGUCACUCAGGGCUGAGGUGGACUCACUCAACUCGCAGUUGGCCGCCUUGCAACGGGAGCGAGUCGAGGCAGGGAGGGAGGUGGGAAGAGAGAGGGAGGUGGGGAGUCUAAAGAGGGAGGUGGAGACACUGGAGGAGGAGCUGAGAGCUAGCAGGGAGAGUCUGGAGAGACGGCUGAGUGAGGCUGAGUCCUCCAGUCAGGAGCUGAGGGGUCGAUGGCAGAGCGUGACGAAUGAGAAAACUGAGGUGGAGAUGAAGGCUAAGGAGUUAGCCGCCACUCUUCAUGAGCAAAAGGUGUCCCCGCAGGAGGUGGUGGGACAGUUACAGAGUGAAGUGGAGCACCUCAAACGGCAGUUCCUGCAGGAGAGAGACUCUUACACGCGACACGCGGAGCAAGAGAAGGCCCAACUCACCUCCGUCGUGACGGAACUUCAGAACAGUAUCUCUCAACACGAGGAGGUCGUCGCGAGCCUCAGGACCCAAUGGCAGCAAUCACAGAGGGACGCCGAGACCCUCUCGCAGCAGGUAGACCAGCUGGUCGUCGAGGCAGAGGGUAAGGACCACCAGCUACAGCAGCUACUACUGACAGAACACUCCAAUGAAAAGUCCGUCAGUGAAGACGGUCGUCUAGUCAGGGAGAGGUUGCAGGAAUCGAAUGCCGCAGUUCUUGACUUGCAAGAGAAUCUUAGAAAAGCCAGAGCGGAAAUGGAGGAGAGUUUGAGAAGAGUUGACGCAGAAAAAGAAGAGUGUCUCAGGAGGGUUAACGAAGAGAAGGAAGAGAGCAUCAGAAGGGUUAUCACAGAAAAAGAGGAACUGGUUAGGGCACUCGAUUCGUCGCUAGCGACGGUCAAACUUGAAAAUCAUGAACUAGAAACAGGUAUGGAUAAACUGAAAGUGAAAGAGAACAGUUUACGUGAGGAAGUGGAACACCUUGAGGUGCGGCUGAGAGUAGAGAAUGAGGCACUUGCCAGGGCAGAAUCUGAGACAAAUACAGUGAGAGAAGAGUUAAGAGCCAGCGAAGAGAGGAGAAGCCAACUAGAAAACUUGUUACUGGAGAAAGAAUCUGUGGUCACGAGGCUUGAGAGUGACACGAAAGCGACGAGAGGGGGAAUUUCGCAAUUGGCGGCCGACCACGCGGCAAUCGAGGCGAGACUGGCGGAGAAGGAGAUGCUAAUCGAGCACAGCGAAAAGAACCUGAGGGAAGUGGGGAGACUUCUGGCCUCUAGAGACGAGGAGAUUGCGACACUGCAGAGGGCCAGGAGCGAAGGUUGUAGCAGCACUACGGACGACGGCAGAGAUCAUGGAGCUCUGGAGGCCGUGACAAGGGAGAGAGACGAGCUCCUGGUCCAAGAGAGAACGACACAGAGCGAGGUACUGGGCCUGCAGUCAAGUCUGACAGAGUCUCGCGCAACGCUCGACAGUUUGAACUGCAAACUUCGUGAGGCGAGCACUCGGAAUUCGGAGCUAGAGCAAGCCGUGGAAGUGGCACAGAGGGAGACUGGUGGUGAGAGAGAGAGGCUGGAAGAGAGGACGAGGGAGGUGGAGGAGGAAGAAGCAGGGAGGGCGAGGGAGGAGCUGGCGGCCAAACAGACCGAGUGUGGGAAGCUUGUGAGGCAACUGGAGCACUUGAAGGCUCACCUGGUCCAGGUGGAGGAGCGGUAUACCCAGGAUGCUCUGCGGGCCGAGGAGAGGGAGAGAGGAGAGAGGAAGAGGGUGGAGGAACUGCAGGAGACCCUCAGACACUCCUCAUACAUCGACCAGCAGGAGAAUCUCCAGACCAGGGCCAGAGUGGCUGACCUGGAGGAGCAGCUGCAUGUCCUUGCCACCCAGAGAGAUGCCGCCAUUCUGGAGCUCAGCUCCGCCCGGGAGGAGGCCGAGGGCAGUGCCGCCGCCCUCUCCAAUCUCCAGUCUGUCCUGGAGCAGUUCCAGAGAGACAAGUCCAGUGAACUGAAUGAAGCACUGAAGAGGUCUCAACUGGAACUGGCCAACACUCUCUCUGAACUAAACACUCUCGGGACCACCUACAACACUGUACAGGGCCAGCUGAAUGAGGUGAGGGCCACAGAGGGUCUACUGCACCAGCAGCUCAAGGAGAGGGAGAAAAGAACGAGCAUCUACAGCAAGAAGGUCAUGACUAGACUAGGGAGCAGUCUGCACAGCACGGAAGAGGCACUGGAAAGACUGAUGAGAGAGCAAGGAGGCAGAGUCGAUCAGAACCUCGUAAAGAACUUGGUGGUUGGAUAUGUGCAGGCAACAGAUCGAAAAAAACCUGAAGUCUUGAACCUAAUUGCAAAGAUACUUGACUUCUCACCCUCAGAAGUACUGCAGGUGCAGCAGAGUCGAAGAAGUGGAGGUUGGCUGGGCGGACUCUGGGGUAGACAAGGUCCUUCAUCACCCUUGACCCCCAGUCCUAAACUUCCUGUCCAGGGAGCAUCUCUCUCACAGCUCUUUGUCAGUUUCCUGGAGACUGAAUCGCUCCCCUCAUCCUCUCUCUCCCUCCCUCACCAUCCACCGCAAGCCCCUCCCCUUGCCCCACCUCCUUUGGGUCGGGUUCCAGAACCAGAUCCUGACCGCCCCUCUCGAGCCACAACGGGGCUGGCACUGAGUCACCCCCCUCCCCCUACCUCACUGCACCCCUCAAUAUCUUCCCAAUCUAUAGGUCCUCACCUCUCCACCAACUCUACUCAAAUCUCUUCCAGUCAACGAUAUACAGAUACCGACAAUCUCCCAAACUCUGGAAUCACACAGGGACCAUCUGGAACCACAGGAGGACCGGCUGGUCCACCAGUCUGGUACCACACAAGGACUGUCACUAGGGACCAGUGUACCCCUCUCUUCCCUCGCCACAGGUCUCCACCUGUCACAAGUCACACAAUUCUCCCCAAUGCCUGCACACCACAUCACUACCACCACCACAGCACAGGCCACCUCAUCAACUGACAUUCUCAGAACACUGCACCCACCAGUACAGACCACUUCCACGUCCACCCUCAAAACACCGCAUCCAGCAGCCACUAAACCAACCACGGCUACCUCUUCCCAGCUCCUAUCUGGGCACCAGCAGUCUCCAGCUACCGUGAACCCCCAGUUCCUUUCAGCCGGACCCCGAGCUACCACGAACCCUCGUCUCCUUUCAGCUAGAGUCCAACAACAGUCUCAGGCCAGCCACAGCCACACAAAUGGUCCCGGAGUCAUCAGGCCCACAAGUCCACACCAGCAGUCAUCCAUUCUCAAAAACCUCCUAUCUCCACCGACUAGCUAAUCAGCUACACAUAGUCUCCUCCCCAAAUCUCACUCACUCACUUGUCACAUGAAAAACUGGUCUGGUUAAAAACUAUUGUCAAAAUGGGGAAGCCUCGCAAUAGUACAUCCAUAUGUUCACAGACCCAGACAUGGCUUCACACAUAAUACAUCGGAGAGGUGUACAGCGGGACACUUAUUGAGCUGCCUUGGUAUUAUAUGUAGCUCAGUGGUAAAGAAAGCACUCUGCCUA